AGCUGUUGCGCAGCCAUUGGUACCUGUAUUGGGGAAACAUAGCAUACAAGCAAGAACCUUACAGCCUCAGUGGCGAAAAUUUUUUCAUGUCAGAGACCGAGAACUCUUGCAGUCGUUUAUGUCAUCCCGUCUUCUCCAGACAGAAGAUACCAAAAAACUGCAAUCAAAGAUCUCUUCAUCUUAUUGAUAAAGCAACUAAUAAGACAAAAUGUCUGUCAACGUCAACCGCAGUGUUUCAGAUCAGUUCUAUCGCUACAAAAUGCCCCGUCUGAUUGCCAAGGUUGAGGGCAAAGGAAAUGGAAUAAAGACAGUUAUAGUCAACAUGGUUGACGUUGCAAAGGCGCUUAAUCGGCCUCCAACAUAUCCUACCAAAUUUUUUGGUUGUGAGCUGGGAGCACAGACCCAGUUUGAUGUUAAGAAUGACCGUUACAUUGUCAAUGGAUCUCAUGAGGCGAAUAAGCUGCAAGACAUGUUGGAUGGAUUCAUUAAAAAAUUUGUUCUCUGUCCUGAGUGUGAGAAUCCUGAAACUGAUCUGCAUGUCAAUACUAAGAAACAAACUAUAGGCAACUCUUGCAAAGCCUGUGGCUAUCGAGGCAUGCUUGACACAAACCAUAAACUCUGCACGUUCAUUCUCAAAAACCCACCUGAGAGCAGUGAUGCUGGCACAGGAAAGAAGGAAAAAGAGAAGAAAAAUCGUAAAGGCAAAGAUAAAGAGAAUGGUUCUGUGUCUAGCAAUGAGACGCCACCUCCACCCCCACCACCAGAGGAGAUUACUCCUCCACAGUUAGCGGAAGAUGAUGAUGAUGACUGGGGUGAGGACACAACUGAAGAAGCCCAGAGGCGCAGAAUGGAUGAAAUUAGUGAUCAUGCAAAAAACCUCACGCUUAGUGAUGAUCUGGAAAGAACAGUGGAAGAGCGAGUCAACAUACUAUUUGACUUUGUUAAGAAAAAGAAGGAAGAAGGUGUCAUUGAUGCUUCUGACAAAGACAUUAUAGCAGAAGCGGAGAGACUGGAUGUAAAGGCUAUGGGCCCUCUAGUUUUGACUGAAGUCCUCUUCAACGAGAAGAUACGGGAACAAAUAAAGAAAUACAGGCGUCAUUUCCUACGUUUCUGCCACAACAACAAGAAAGCUCAGAGAUACCUUCUCCAUGGCUUUGAGUGUGUAGUAGCCAUGCAUCAAGCUCAGCUUAUUUCAAAAAUUCCCCAUAUCCUGAAAGAAAUGUAUGAUGCAGAUCUUCUGGAAGAAGAGGUCAUUCUUGGCUGGGCAGAAAAGGCUUCUAAGAAAUAUGUCUCUAAAGAGCUUGCCAAAGAGAUACGUGUCAAAGCAGAGCCUUUUAUCAAAUGGCUGAAGGAAGCUGAGGAAGAGUCAUCUGGUGGUGAAGAGGAGGAGGAAGACGAGAACAUUGAGGUAGUAUACUCUCCAACUGCCAGUGUUCCUAAAGUUGAAACUGUGAAGCCUGCAAAUAAGGACGAAGAUAUUGAUAUUGAUGCCAUUUAGUGAUGCAGCCCAGCUUCUAGUAAAUGAUGCAAAUGUCUCUGCAUUUUCUGCCAGAAGUGCAACAUGUAUGUGCACAAGCUGAAAUGGCUUAACAUCAUGCUACUCUUUGUACUCAAGUGUGUAUCUUUUUACUGUGACUGGUCCUGUGUAACUAAGCCUAAUACCAAGGAGUCCACACACAGCAGUGAACUGAUGCUAGUUUGCAAAUGGCAUGGGUUUUUUUCUUUUUUUUUUUUUUUUUUUUUUCUUUUUUUUUAACUUGUGUUUGGACACGUACUUGGAGCACAUUUAUAGAGUUGUGGAAAUAAAGGAUUUGGUUUUGGUCAGUCUUCA